CGGGGUGGGCUGCGCCCUCCCUCUCUGGCCCAUUCCACACCCCGCGGAAAGCGGACACUGUUAGCUGAAUCACUCCCCCUUUUAGGAGGAGGGAGGGGAAAAAGGUGUCUAGCCCCUUUCUGCUGCAAAAAGCACAGGGAGAUCGCGGGCAGCUUUGCAGUCGCUGCCUUCUCCCGCCUGGACCAUGCACCCCUGCAUCUUCCUGCUGGGCCACAGGCGAGCACUUGAUUUCUGGAGCUGAGGGCUAAAACUUUGUUGACUUUUCUUCUCCCCAACAACUGAAUCAUGCCAUGUGCCCAGCGGAGCUGGCUUGCAAACCUUUCCAUGGUGGCUCAGCUCCUCAACUUUGGGGCGCUUUGCCAUGGGAGACAGCCUCAGCCAGGCCCGUUUAGCUUCCCGGACAGGAGGCAAGAGCAUUUUAUCAAGAGCCUGCCAGAAUACCAUGUGGUGGGCCCAGUUCGAGUAGAUGCCAGUGGGCAUUUUCUGUCCUAUGGCUUGCACCAUCUCAUCACGAGCAGCAGGAGGAAGAGAGAUUUGGAUGGCUCAGAGGACUGGGUGUACUACAGAAUUACUCAUGAGGAGAAGGACCUAUUUUUUAACUUGACCGUCAAUCGAAGAUUUCUUUCCAAUAGCUACAUCAUGGAGAAAAGAUAUGGGAACCUCUCCAAUGUUAAGAUGAUGGCUUCCUCCGCCCCCCUCUGCCAUCUCAGUGGCACGGUUCUGCAGCAGGGCACCAGAGUUGGGACGGCAGCUUUCAGUGCCUGCCAUGGACUGCUUUCUGUAACAAAAUCAUCAUACACUUCAAGAAGGACCAACCAGAAGAACCGUGCAGAUGCUAAGAAGGGAGUGGGAAGUGCUCUUAAGCCCAGAAACCCUAUUCAGAUGGAAACAGAGACAUUCCCUGCACUAUGGGGUCAGAUUCCUACAAGAAAUGAAGAAUUUUCAAGAAUUUCUUGGUGGCACCAAGUGACUGGAUUUUUUCAACUACCACACGGAGACUUUUUCAUUGAGCCUGUGAAGAAUCAUCCACUGGCUGAGGGAGGGUACCACCCGCACAUCAUUUAUAGAAGGCAGAAAGUUCCAGAAACCAAGGAGCCAACCUGUGGAUUAAAGGACAGUGUUAACAUCUCCCAGAAGCAAGAGCUAUGGCGGGAGAAGUGGGAGAGGCACAACUUGCCAAGCAGAAGCCUCUCUCGGCGUUCUAUCAGCAAGGAGAGAUGGGUGGAGACGCUGGUGGUAGCUGACACAAAGAUGAUUGAAUACCAUGGGAGUGAGAAUGUGGAGUCCUACAUCCUCACCAUCAUGAACAUGGUCACUGGGUUGUUCCAUAACCCAAGUAUUGGCAAUGCAAUUCAUAUUGUUGUGGUUCGGCUCAUUCUACUUGAAGAAGAAGAGCAAGGAUUGAAAAUAGUUCACCACGCAGAGAAGACACUGUCUAGCUUCUGCAAGUGGCAGAAGAGUAUCAAUCCCAAGAGUGACCUCAACCCUGUUCAUCACGAUGUGGCUGUUCUUCUCACCAGAAAGGACAUCUGUGCUGGUUCCAAUCGCCCCUGUGAGACCCUGGGUCUGUCUCACCUUUCAGGAAUGUGCCAGCCCCACCGCAGCUGUAACAUCAAUGAAGAUUCGGGACUCCCCCUGGCUUUCACAAUAGCCCAUGAGCUGGGACACAGCUUUGGUAUCCAGCAUGAUGGCAAAGAAAAUGACUGUGAGCCUGUGGGCAGACACCCGUACAUCAUGUCCCGCCAGCUGCAGUACGAUCCCACUCCACUGACAUGGUCCAAGUGCAGCAAGGAGUACAUCACCCGCUUCUUGGACCGAGGCUGGGGAUUCUGUCUUGAUGACAUACCCACAAAGAAAGGGUUGAGGUCCAAGGUCAUUGCCCCAGGAGUGAUCUACGAUGUUCACCACCAGUGCCAGCUACAGUAUGGACCCAAUGCUACCUUCUGCCAGGAAGUAGAAAACGUCUGCCAGACAUUGUGGUGCUCCGUGAAAGGCUAUUGUCGCUCUAAGCUGGAUGCUGCUGCAGAUGGAACUCAAUGUGGUGAGAAGAAGUGGUGUAUGGCAGGCAAAUGCAUCACGGUGGGGAAGAAACCAGAGAGCAUUCCUGGAGGCUGGGGCCGCUGGUCACCCUGGUCCCACUGUUCCAGGACCUGUGGGGCCGGAGUCCAGAGUGCAGAGAGGCUGUGCAACAACCCUGAACCAAAGUUUGGAGGGAAAUAUUGCACUGGAGAAAGAAAACGCUAUCGCUUGUGCAACGUCCACCCCUGUCGCUCAGAUACACCAACAUUUCGGCAGAUGCAGUGCAGUGAAUUUGACACUGUCCCCUACAAGAAUGAAUUCUACCACUGGUUUCCAAUUUUUAACCCAGCACAUCCUUGUGAGCUCUACUGCCGACCCAUAGACGGCAAGUUUUCUGAGAAAAUGCUGGAUGCUGUCAUUGAUGGUACUCCUUGCUUUGAAGGCGGCAACAGCAGAAAUGUCUGUAUUAAUGGCAUAUGUAAGAUUGUUGGCUGUGACUAUGAGAUCGAUUCCAAUGCCACAGAGGAUCGCUGUGGCGUGUGCCUGGGAGAUGGCUCUUCCUGCCAAACUGUGAGAAAGAUAUUUAAGCAGAAGGAAGGAUCAGGUUAUGUUGACAUUGGGCUCAUUCCAAAAGGAGCAAGGGACAUAAGAGUGGUGGAAAUCGCGGGAGCUGGAAACUUCCUCGCCAUCAGGAGUGAAGACCCUGAAAAAUAUUACCUCAAUGGAGGCUUUGCUAUCCAGUGGAAUGGGAACUACAAGCUGGCAGGGACCAUCUUUCAGUAUGACAGGAAAGGAGACCUGGAAAAGCUGAUGGCCACAGGUCCCACCAAUGAGUCUGUGUGGAUCCAGCUCCUAUUCCAGGUGACUAACCCUGGCAUCAAGUACGAGUACACAAUCCAGAAAGAUGGCCUUGACAAUGAUGUUGAGCAGCAGAUGUACUUCUGGCAGUACGGCCGCUGGACAGAGUGCAGUGUGACCUGCGGGACGGGUAUCCGCCGCCAGACUGCCCAUUGUGUAAAGAAGGGCCGUGGGAUGGUGAAAGCUACAUUCUGUGACCCAGAAACACAGCCCAAUGGGAGACAGAAGAAGUGCCAUGAAAAGGCUUGUCCACCCAGGUGGUGGGCAGGGGAAUGGGAAGCAUGCUCGGCGACAUGCGGGCCCCACGGGGAGAAGAAGCGAACUGUGCUGUGCAUCCAGACCAUGGGCUCUGACGAGCAGGCUCUCCCGCCCACAGACUGCCAGCACCUGCUGAAGCCCAAGACCCUCCUUUCCUGUAACAGAGACAUCCUGUGCCCCUCGGACUGGACAGUGGGCAACUGGAGUGAGUGUUCUGUUUCCUGUGGUGGUGGAGUGCGGAUUCGCAGCAUCACAUGUGCCAAGAACCAUGAUGAACCCUGCGAUGUGACAAGGAAACCCAAUAGCCGAGCUCUAUGUGGCCUCCAGCAAUGCCCAUCCAGCCGGAGGGGUCUGAAACACAACAAAGGCACAAUUUUCAAUGGAAAAAACCCACCAACACCUGAGCAAGACCCCCUAAAACCUAUCCCUCCAUCUACAUCCAGGCCCAGAAUGCUGACCACACCUAUAGGCCCUGAGUCUAUGAGCACAAGCACUCCAGCAAUCAGCAGCCCUAGUCCUACCACAGCCUCCAAAGAAGGAGACCUGGAUGGGAAACAGUGGCAAAAUAGCUCAACCCAACCUGAGCUGAGUUCCUACUAUCUCACUUCCACUGGAAGCAUUUCCCAGCCCAUCCCCACUGCCCCAUCCUUGAGCAUCCAGCCAAAUGAUAAAAAUGUUUCCAGUUCAGCUACUGGUCCUACCUGGGAGGGAGGUCUUGUAGCUACAACAAGAAGUGGUUCUGACUUGUCAUCUUCCAGCAACCCCAUGACUUGGCCUGUGACUCCGUUUUACAAUACCUUAACCAAAGGCCCAGAAACGGAGAUUCACAGUGGUUCAGGGGAAGACAGGGAAGAGCCUGAGGGCAAAGAUGAAAGCAACCCUGUAAUAUGGACCAAGAUCAGAGUACCUGGAAAUGAUGCUCCAGUGGAAAGAAGUACAGAAAUGCCACUUGCACCUCCCCUAACACCAGAUCUCAGCAGGGAGUCUCCAUGGCCACUCUUCAGCACAGUGAUGGAAGGACUGCUUCCCAGCCAAAGGCCCAGUACCCUCAAAAAUGGGAUACCCAGAGUUGAGGGGAUGGUAACUGAAAAGCCAGCCAACACUCUGCUCCCUCUGGGAGGAGACCACCAGCAAGAACCCUCAGGAAACACAGCAAACCAUAACCACCUGGAACUUCCAAAUGAUAUGAAUCAAACAAAAAGUUCUCAGCCAGUCCUGACUGAGGAGGAUGCAACAAGUCUGAUUGCCGAGGGCUUUUUGCUGAAUGCCUCCAAUUACAAGCGGCUCACAAAUGGCCACAGCUCUGCACACUGGAUCAUUGGGAACUGGAGUGAGUGCUCCACCACGUGUGGUCUGGGGGCCUACUGGAGAAGGGUGGAGUGCAGCACCCAGAUGGAUUCCGACUGCGCAGCCGUCCAGAGACCUGACCCCGCAAAGAGAUGCCACCUCCGUCCCUGUGCUGGCUGGAAAGUGGGAAACUGGAGCAAGUGCUCCAGAAACUGCAGUGGGGGCUUCAAGAUACGUGAGAUUCAGUGCGUGGACAGCCGGGACCACCGGAACCUGAGGCCAUUUCACUGCCAGUUCCUGGCUGGCAUUCCUCCCCCACUGAGCAUGAGCUGUAACCCCGAGCCCUGUGAGGAGUGGCAGGUGGAGCCUUGGAGCCAGUGCUCCAGGUCCUGUGGGGGUGGAGUUCAGGAGAGAGGAGUGUUCUGCCCAGGAGGCCUCUGUGACUGGACAAAAAGGCCCACAUCCACCAUGUCCUGCAAUGAGCACCUCUGCUGUCACUGGGCCACUGGGAACUGGGACCUGUGUUCCACUUCCUGUGGAGGUGGCUUUCAGAAGAGAACUGUCCAUUGUGUGCCCUCAGAGGGCAAUAAAACUGAAGACCAAGACCGAUGCCUGUGUGAUCAUGAACCCAGACCUCCAGAAUUUAAAAAAUGCAACCAGCAGACCUGCAAGAAGAGUGCUGAUUUACUUUGCACCAAGGACAAGCUGUCAACCAGUUUCUGCCAGACACUGAAAGCCAUGAAGAAAUGUUCUGUGCCCACCGUGAGGGUGCAGUGCUGCUUCUCGUGUCCCCAGACACACAUCACCCACACCCAAAGGCAAAGAAAGCAAUGGUUGCUCCAAAAGCCCAAAGCCCACUAAGCCCAGAAGGAAGCCACCUUCCACCAUAGACUGCAGCAGCCUGCUGACUGUGACAUGCUUUAGCCCUGGGAGCUGCUUCAUCGAGGUUUUGCUUCAUGUAUUUCAGGUUCAGCUUUGGGUCAUAAGGAAACAAAAUCCAUUGUGCUCCUGUAGCCACAAAAUGUCCUUCACAGGAGGCCUGGACUGCCAUACUUGCUACUCCCUGAUUGGAAGGUGAAAUAUCUAGAAGAAUCAGGCAGCACCUGGGAUUGGCCCCUGGGAAAGGUAGACAGAUUGGAGAAAUGUUUUAUUUUUGUUCUCCCUUAAAGAUGAAAACAAAGAGACCAUCUUUCCCCCCAACUACCUCAAGAGUAUCAGGCAACAGAGCCACAGUUACCCAGGGGACAAAUAAUCUUCUUAAUUUAGCUCCAUGAAUACCUUUUUGUGUUUUUGUUUUGUUUUGUUUUUUCCUCCCUGCCUGGGGCAGCUGCUAUUUAAAAUGUCAUGGUGGAGCUUUGGGAACAUUCCUUUAAUUCAUCCAGGCAGAGGACUGCUUCCUUCACCCGUGUUCAGUUGGGGCAGGAAGAGGAAGUGCUGGUUACAUCCCUCAGUCUCUUCCUCCAUCCCUGUAGGGCUCCGUAUCUAGGCUGCCUAGAGUCUCCUGUCAACCUUGAGACACUUGACUAAGAGGAAGCAGGCACGGGAAACACAGCCCAGGGAUUUAGGUCACUUACACAGAAAACACUGCUGGCUUGAAGAUCGUUUGUGUGAAAACUCCUAAAAAGCAAAUAAGCAGAAAUCAAUUUCUUACUGUUAUAGAAAAGGAACGGUGGGCCUUUAUUCUUCCCACUUUCCUGGCAAAUACACACUCCUUCUCAGAAGGGAAAAUGAAUCUUCCCGGCUGCCUUCCUCUCUUCUGUAUAGUCCCUAUGGGAAGCACGAGCUCAGGUCCCACCAUCGUCUUGCUGCAGGGAGUGUAUACACAAAGACCACUAUGACCAACUCCAGGCUGCCACCUCCUCUCACAUCCCCUCAUGUUGGAAAAUGGGGUUUCCAUAUUGAAAUAUAUCAAAGAACCAGGUAAAUUGUACUUAAGUACAGGAACAUAGUACAAACUUCUAAUCUAGAGAAAACACACUUCUAAAAAUAAGAUAAAAAGGAUCUACUCCUCAGUGUACCCAAAUGUAGUUAGUUUUCACCAUGGGGAGAACAGGUGAAUUAGGGAGUCCAAAGAAACUGAAAUGAAAGUUAGAAUGCUUGUUCUGGACGUUCUUACCUCCCAACAGAAGUCAAAGUAGGCUUGGCCUCAAAUUCAGAGGACAUUUCUAGACAAAAUGAUUUCUAAGGGAAGGGACUUACAUGACCUGAACCCAGAGAAAGAGGGUAGGUGGGCGGGUGGAGGGACAUAAGUGUCAAUUGGAAGAAGAUCUCAGAACCAAUUCUUGACAGGGAGAAAGGCAAGGAUGUGGCCUUCAUGUGAUGGGCAGCAUAUUUUCUGACUCAUGCGCGGAUACGUUUAACACUCAUCAUGGAACACAAUGUCCCAUGUCUCCCUUUACCUAUCCGUUCAGCAGAAUGGUGCUAUUUAAAAAUGGUGCUAAUAUCUAGGUGGUGGCAGAACUAAUGUAAACAUAGAUAGGCAUACAAAUGGGUAAGUGUAUGUAAAACUCUCUCUAUAUAUAUAUAUCUUCUGUUAAGCAUGUAAUGUUGCUGACCAAUGUCAGUUUUAUUGCUUGGGUACCUUGAAUUUAAGUUAUAUUAUGGGCCGGGCGCAGUGGCUCACACCUGUAAUCCCAGCACUUUGGGAGGCCGAAGCUGGCAGAUCAUGAGGUCAAGAGAUCGAGACCAUCCUGGCCAACAUAGUGAAACUCCGUCUCUACUAAAAAUACAAAAAUUAGCCGGGCGUGGUGGCGCAGGCCUGUAGUCCCAGCUACUCGGGAGGCUGAGGCAGGAGAAUUGCUUGAACCCAGGAGGCAGAGGUUGCAGUGAGCCAAGAUCAUGCCAUUGCACUCCAGCCUGGCACCUGACGACUGAGCAAGACUCUGUCUCAAAAAAAAAAAAAAAAAAAGAUUUUAUAUUAUGUGCUUUUUAUCUUUUUCCAAGCCAUUAAUAUGUAUUACUCUCAUGAAUUCCUGUGGAAAAUAAAACAGUGGGAUUGGAAUGAAAUUCAGGAUAGACCAGAAACAGGAGGAAAGUAGAAAUGUUUACCUAAAGCCAGAGAAUUUAUUUCUAGAUGUUAAUUAGAAUACAUUAUUGUAUUCUCUGCCUUUAAAUUUAAACAUUGCUGGCCGAUGGCAGCCUCUGGUGAAUAAUGGUUUUCGAGGAUAGAAGACACUUAAAUUGUUAGCGACAUAAGUGAAGGAGAAUCUGAUAUUUACUAAUGAGGCAGUUUGCAAUGACUGUUGCUGAAGUAUAGUGUAGGCUUUCAGUGGGAUUCAUUUAGUAAGCUAGAUUGAUUUAACCUGGUACUGUACUAGCAUAGAGUCAAUGUACUAGCACAUGUCAUCAGAGACCUGGGUAUGACCAGGAUUACAAAACUCAGGAACAAACUCAGAUUCCUACUGACCUCAACCAACUCAACUAGGCCAAAUUUCUCAGUAUACAAAAUGGACUGAGUUAUUUACAAUCCAUGUGGUGGAGAAGAUGGUAGACACGUGGAGAAGGUUUGGGUGCUCCAUUCUAGGGUUUCUCAAAGGCAGAAAACUGGCCUCUAAUUAUUUGCCAUGGAUAUUUGCUUCCUGUACUGGAGCUAUAUUGUCAGAUAGUUGUGUGAUGUCCAUCAUUCUGGACUCCACAGUGAAGACAGGGCUUGCUGUUUUCUAUUCUGUUGGUAGCAUCUGUCCUUUUGGUUGCUGUCUUGGCAAUCACUCAGUGAUGAGUCAUCAGUAUUUUGACAGGUCCCAGUGCUUGCUGUACAAGAGGGGACGCAGAUCAACAGGAGGACUCUGAAGGCAGGAACCUGCAUGGUGUCUUCACAUCUUUGAUGCUUGGGUGCUGACAUGAAGCAGAAUUGUUGGUUUACUUUAUCUAGGCCCUUCUUUCUUCUCACUGGAGCAAGCAACUAAGAAGUGUAUCAGGAGACACUGGAUACACAUCUGCAUGAAAUAGAAAGGGCCAUUGCAAGGUCUGGUGCUUAACUACAUUAACGUUCUAAAACCCAGUUUGGUUUACAUUGUCUUUCACAGUCGUAUAUUUAGCUCUUCUCUGGAAAGCUGUGGAUUAAUAUAAUUCUUAAACAUAAAGAUGUAAUUAAACACACCAUGAGAGAACAAUAGUUCAAGAAACUUAAUAGUGAUCACUUUCUUAAAUCAGGAAAUUGUUUCAGUGCCUCCUUUGUAGGAAUGCUUUGUUUUGUGAUGGGUUUUCUUAAACAAGAGCACACCUCCGUCCAGUUUCCUGAAACAGCCAAGUCUCUGCCGACAUCCUACUGUGAUGCUUUCAGAGAAUCAGUGAAUGCUUCUGAUAACCUUCCGCCGGUAUCUGAAGCACAAUGUGAGGGAUCCUAUUGUUUUAGAUAAUAACAUCCCAUUCAACUGACUAAAAUCUUCCAAACUCUGAAAGCUGCACACUGCUACUCCAGGGAGUGCAGGUCUUAGCUCUUCUCCUUUCUGACUUCAAGCUGAAUCUCUGGGACGAUGUAUCCUGUGCUCAGUCCACAAUGAUUUACUUUUGAGGGAGAGAUCACAUGACGUGAACUGCCUGGUGCUACAGCCUAGCUGACACAUUUGAUGCUACUCCUGUUGUCUAUACUGCUAAUUCAAGUAUUAUUAUUAUUCUAAGUUAUGUUAUUAAAAAACAUGGUGGGUGAAGCACAAUCCUACCCAUCACUGUCCUCCAAAAUCAUUAUAUGACAUACGUUGCCCAACCCAUCGCCCUCCCUGCAUCUUUGUGCUGCUUUGCCAGUUCCCUUUCCCCAGCCUCCUCAAGGGGUACCUUAGUGGGUAUCUCAGUACUUACAACCAAACUGUAAUCAUAGCCUGCCUUUGUGGCGUCUAUAAAUGGCCAGACUCA